AUGCUCACCGCAAUCUGGCACAGACCAGUUCAUCCUUUCACCAUGCUCUUUUCUCGAGUAACCUUUGCCUGGGCAAACAUGUUCUGCUUCACAAAAGUCGGGAAAGCCUCCUCGUCCGCAUCAGGUGGCGCACAAUCAACAGCUUACCAGGCUACCAAUGAAAUUAUUUUAAAAUACGCCAGCGUCUCGCCGAUGAUUCAAUCAAACUCUGGCACGAUGGAAGUUACCUCGCCGUCUAAGCGCAGCUUAGCAGGUCUACACGCAGGACAACCAAUUCUAGAUGUUGUCAAAGCCGAGAUGGACUUUGGGAUAUCUUUCUUCAGAGGCUUUUGCGGCGUUGAAAACAGAGGGGGCCAGUAUCGUAUGGUGUUUACAGCUCGUUUCCAAAAAGCCCCCGACGCGCUGCAUCUCAUAUCUUGCCCAAAAGUGAUUCGCGCAGCUAAUUUGACCCCUGCUAAGCGGGAGUCACUUCGAAUCAACCUUGAAGCUGUUUCGGACCGUAUGGCAAAAGAGGAGUGGGACAAACUCGAGAGUCGUUACGAAAUUGUCAAAAAGGACUGGCUGAUUGUGUUGGAUGCCUAG